AAUAUCUUGUUACAAGGAAUUUCUUUAUAUGACAUAAAAGUUAAUGACCAAGAAUUUAUAUUUUUCAGAGUUUGAUGAAAUCAUACUUAUUGCUCACACCAAAUCACAUUCAUCGUAUAAAGAAAGUUGGUAGUACUGUAACAUACACCACGCAUAUCCACUUAUUGUCUUUCAUGAGUGAUAUAGUAUAAUCCAUAAUAUUUGACACAGAUCUCCUAAGGAUUAAAGAUUGUAAUAGUUUUCAACUUAUUCUAUAUCGAUAUAUCAUGGGUUGUGAUGGUGGAACUAUUCCUCGUAGGGAUGAACUCGUAAGAGUCAAAAAGAAACCAGAACAGAAAGAUAAAGAAGCAGAAUUAGCAUUUAAAUGGAGACACUGCACAAUUAAACAAUUACCAUUACAACCACCAGUAGUUGGGUGUGUAUUAGGUCGUCUCUACAGUAAAGAGUCUGUAUUAGAGGGUCUUCUUGACCGAAGCACACUUCCAGAAUCUGCACAACAUAUUAAGACUUUGAAAGAUGUGAAGAACUUAAAUUUGACACCAAAUCCAGCAUUUGAUGGCAAUAAAGCAAAAAAAGGAGACUGUUAUACUGAUGAAGGAAAAAGUCCAUACAUUUGUCCACUUAUUGGACUAGAAAUGAAUGGAAAAUAUAAAUUCUGCUUUUUAUGGUCGUGUGGUUGUGUAAUGAGUGAAAGAGCACUUAAAGAAGUCAAAAGUAAAAUAUGUCAUCAAUGUCAACAGCCUUUCAGUGAAACAGAUAUUGUUAUUAUAAAUGCGGAAGGUGAUGAUCUUAAACUAAUGGAAGAAAAUGUGGCAUUACGUAAGACAGCCCAAAAAAAAAAUAAGAAACAGAAACAUAAUGAGGAUAAUCAAACGCAAGAUGUUAAACAAGAGGAAGUACCCAAGAAAAAAUUGAAAAAAGAAGAUAGAAACGGUACUAUUAAGGUUAAUAGUAAUAGAACUGAAGCUGAAGAUCCAGCUUAUAAAAAGGUUAAAGACAAUUACAGUGUUGCUAAAGAUCCUAAAGCAUCAGAAGUAUUUAAAAGUAUUUUUACUACUCAUAAAUCUGCAGCAGAACAAGAUAGGGCACAUUGGAUCACAUACAAUCCAUUUUACAACUAAAGUGUGAUUUCAAUAUGAAUAUUCUAAAAGUAAUUAAUUAUUAACAUGUGAAAAUAUUAUACUUAAAAAUAGUUAUACAUUGUAAACACUGAAAUCGUGUCUAUAUCAUUAAAUAAAUAGUUUUAUAUAUAAAAACAA